AUGGGCUUCUUUUCUGGAUUCUUCAGCGGUUUCGCCUUAACAACCUCUAUCGUAUACAUCUCGCUUCAAAUCCAUCGCUCGAACCGUAUCGCCCAGCGCGAUGCCAUCCGGGAACAGGUCGAAUUGAUAAACUGGCUGUCUUCGUCAUCGGGCGCGUAUGACCGGCGCUUCUUGCCUAAACCCCCGCGACAGAUGGCAGGAGAGCAGGAAGCAGGAAGGAUCCGUUGGCCCUCGCAGCCAAGCAUCAAGGACGUAUUGAAGCAUCGCUGGAAUGACGAGGUGGAAGCGUUGGCGAAGAAGGCGUUCGAGAGUCGGUGGGAAGACGGGAGGGAUAUCGCCUUAGAAGGGUGGAAGGCUGCGAUGAGGUUGGUGAAGAGAGAGUAA